AUGUCACCGGGAAAGAAGUUUAAUAUCCGGAGUGCUAUAGUUUAUACAAAAAAGGCGCUGAAAACUGAGUUAGACACUCGCGACAAGAAUGCCACUGACAAUUCUCUAGAAGAAAAAAAUAACACGAAUAUUUAUGAAUCUUGUGUCUUCAUGAUGAAGCCACGUCGGACCCGAAGUGCAAAGCUUCGUCGACGUCAACAAGUCCAAUCGUCGGAUGGCAACUUUUUCGAGAAGGUUACAGCUCCAGGUGAUGGAGACGUAGACAGAGAUGACGAGUUGUACACUAUCAAGAAUUUGAGCAUUAAUGGAGACAAGAGGCAGAUAGAGGCUCUCUAUGUGGAGGCGUUGUACACGAUUACCCACAAACUAGGACAGGGAGAUGUGGAAGAAAGUCAGGAGAGCUUGUACAAAUACGUGCGUAAUGCGUUCCAAGGUGAUGCCGCGCUUCACACAGCGCUCAUGGAAAAAGCCAAACAAAACAAGCCACCAAGUGUUUUGCUCAAUAUCCUUCUUCUCGAGGCCAAGGACUUGAUUGCAAAAGACGUAAAUGGCUUCAGCGAUCCGUUUGCCAUGAUGGGAGUAGUUCCUGGAACACGCAAGGAGAACCAACCAAUGACCGAAACAGCUCACCCGGAGAAGGAUGAGCAGGAAGCAAAGUCGCCAAGAAUGCUCCAUGGAAAGAAAGAUGGUCUCAUGCAUCGAUUCGGAGGAUCGUUCCGUCGUAAAGUCAACAAGAAGGGAAAGCCCCAAGACACAUGCACCAUCCCAGCCAAACUCAUCAAAGCUAGCUCGGUCCAGAAGAAAACGUUGAACCCAAAAUGGAGUGAAAGAUUCCAAUUCGCUGUCGAGGAUGUGCAUCGUGAUCAGUUCCAUAUUGAUAUCUGGGAUCAUGAUGAUGAAGAGCAAUCCGUUCUGGACGCAGUUUCCUCCCUCAAUCAGAUCACUGGAGGAUUGAAAGGAAUCGGAAGAUACUUCAAAGAAGUCACCCAAAGUGCUCGUGCCAACUCUGACGAUUGCACCGACGACUUCCUCGGAUGCAUCAACUUGAAACUUGAAACGAUUCCACCGGAAGGUUUGGAACAAUGGUUCACUCUUCAACCAAGAUCCGAAAAGAGCAAGGUCAGUGGGCAAGUAAAGUUGAAGAUCUGGCUGUCGACCAAAGAGGAAGGACGUGCUGGAGACGAUGAUGAGACUUUGGAUGUGAAGGAACACAUCGAGCUUCUCCGUCAGUUUGCCCUAUACGAAAUCCGUCAGACUGGCCAACCAGUUCGCUUCUGGGAUGGUGUCUAUCCUGAAAGAGCUAUGCUCAUCCUCCGUCAACAUGCCAUCCAAGGAGAUCUCACCGAUGUUCAUCUAGCCAUGUGCCGUUGGCUUGCGUUCCACUCCAUGAUCCACAUCGACAUUUCAUUCUCCCUUCUCUAUAAGACCCUCCAGAAGAUCAUUGACAAAUGGCAACCACUUACUUUGGACAAGGAGGAAGAAGACAUGCUCACCGACUCGUUCUCUUCCUUCGAUUCCUAUUGCAAACGUAUGAUGAUUGAACAUCGCGAGAAGUUCACUCCAAGCAAGAGAAAUAGCGGCGAGGAAUUCUCGAGCCUAAUCAAGUGUAUGCGUGCUCUCCGUGAAUCACCAUUCUACCAGAAGUAUCUCCCAUACAAGCGUCCAUUCCAUGCACACCUAGAGUCUCUUGUUGUCAAGAGUGCAGAAGACUACAUUGACCGUACUAUUGAAUACGUUCAGGAUCCAGAUCCAUGCAAAGAACUUCUCAAAUUGCUUAAUAUAGUAAACGUUCAAUGCUCUCGUUUCCUGCACUACGCUGCAGUCAUCCGUGAAGUCGCAAGAAUCGACUAUUCUCAGUUGACUUUAAACACUUUUGAUCGGCUUCUCACUGAAUAUUUGACUUCUGAACUGAUGAGCGAGAAGAAAAUGGAUCUCAAGUCUCAAAUGAGAAUCUCGGCUGCACAGGAUCCACCAAACGAUGAUGACUUGAUUGAUCUGAUGCGCAUUCAUAUGGCUUUCAUUGAGCUUCGUAAUUAUAGACUUGCCAAUCGAGUACGCGUCCGUGAUGAAUCCGAAUGGUAUGCAAUCUUCAACAAAGGUAUCAAAAAGUUUCUAGAGGUUGCGAAAGAUAAAGCACUUGCUCGUGUGAAUCUCAGUUGCCAGCUCGAUAUGCCGAUUUCCACAUCAUCAAACGACAUGCGUCACUCAAGCAGCCAUAUUGAUAUCUGUCAUAUUAUUGAGCAGUUCACGGUAUUUUGGGAGCGAGUAGAUAUCAAUGAUGCCGGCUUGAAAAUCGAGUACACCAGUCUUUUGGUUGACGUUAUCUGCGAAAUUGUUACUGUAUACUGUCAAAAAAUUAUUUCUGGUUUGGAAGCGGAAGGAUUUACACAGGAGCUUCAGACUUUCAUUCCAUCGCAGCUUCUACAUUUGCUCUGUGCCGCCAUCAACAAUUGUGAACAAGUGCGUCGUAGUCUGAACAUCACUGAGAAGCUUCAUAUGGAUGAUAUGUCGCUGGCUUAUGAACGUGAUGCAAGUCGGCUCAAUGGAAAUCAUCUCUGGAAGUCUGAAAUCGAAAACCGUCUCGAGCAGUGCGAAAACUUCAUCUGCUCAGAAAUCGAUCGAAUCGUUGGAUUGCUUACCGGACGUCUUCUACCACAGAUGAAGAAGCACGUGUUUCAUCUCGCGUGGAGCCCGACCGCUCAACUCGUUGAAGACUCACUAAAGCCGUUGACUGAUAUGGUAGCACACAAUUCACCUAUUUAUUUUUUCGAAAGAAUAAUGUUUCAGUUGGACAUUGAGCUCUCUGCUGUCCACAAAAACUUGCUGCACAGAAACUUCUUGAGAGUCAUGAGUGCACAAGUCUCAAUCGUUGUGAAGCUUCUCAGGGAGUGUGUCUCUGAAAAUGUCGGAAUGGAGCCAUCGUUUUAUCAUCGACUCUUCGAAGCGUGGCACGUGCUUGUUGAAUUCUUCCAUGCCGGCGGAAAAGGGCUCUCCAUGGAGGCUCUGGAGACAAACCCAGAUCAUAUGAAACUGGUCAAAAUCCUCUCCCUGAACCAAACAGCAACGGAACAACUCAUUGAAAAAUACUACAAGGAUCUUCUCAAACAGCAGGCGCUUGCUGAUCACCAAUAUGGAAACGAAGUCAGCGAAUGUAAAUAUGGAAUUCUUAAUGUGCGAGCGUACUACAAUGGAAAUGCACAAACUCUUGUUCUUGAUGUUAUUGGAGCCAAGCAAAUCAUUGCGCUUGAUUCAAACGGUCUCUCCGACCCAUUCGUCGUUAUCGAAAUCAUUCCAAAGUUCCGCUACCCAGCAGUCCCCGUCGUCAAGACGAAAGUAGUUUCGAAAUCGUUGAAUCCGAUAUUUGACGAAACCUUUGAAUUCCACAUCCCACCAAACCCGCCAUCCACCGCGAUGCUUCAUUUCACUGUAAUGGAUCAUGAUUACUUGAGAUCCAAUGAUUUUGCUGGAGAGGCAUUUCUGGAACUUAAUGAUGUGGGAAAAGAUUUUAAAAAUAUUUUUAAAAAACUAUUAUUUAGGUCCCGGGAUUCGGCGCUACUGGGGGAAGCACUCUCCGACAGUUCAAUCUCAUUCUCAUCCAACCAGUGUCUAACAGUGACCAAAGACGUGCUGGAUGUGUUGAACAGCCGCAAGGAAGACAAAGAUGCUGUGGAGUUCUUGCGAUCUAUCAGCACCGUCUACUAA